AAAAUAUCUUAAGAAAUGACAUCCGUUCCUUUAGUAUCAGUUUUUUCAGCCGACGACUCAACCAAGGUCACAGCCAAACACAUCCCACUCCCAGCUGUGUUCCAAACACCAAUUAGACCAGAUAUCGUCUCAUUCGUUCAUACUAACAUUGCCAAGAACAGAAGACAAGCUCACGCUGUCAACCCAUAAGCCGGUAUGUAACACAGUGCUGAAUCCUGGGGUACUGGUAGAGCCGUAGCUCGUAUUCCAAGAGUUUCUGGAUCAGGAACACACAGAUCUGGCCAAGCCGCCUUUGGUAACCAAUGCAGAAAGGGAAGAAUGAGUUUACCAAUCAAAGUAUGGAGAAGAUGGCACAGAAGAGUCAAUAUCAAAUAAAAGAGACAUGCUGCUGCUACAGCUGUUGCAGCCACAGGAAUUGUCCCAUUGGUAUUGGCUAGAGGUCACAGAAUCAGUUAAGUCCCAUAAAUCCCACUCGUUGUUGAAGACAAGAUUGAAUCAUAUGAAAAGACUACUGAUGCUCUCAAUUUCUUGAAGAGAUUCGGUGCUUUUGAAGAUGUCUAAAAGGUUGUUUCCACCAAAGUUGUCAGAGCUGGAAUCAGCAAAUAAAGAGGAAAGAAAUACAGAGUCAGAAAGGGACCAUUGGUUGUCUACUUCAACGAGAAUGCCAAAUUGUUGAAAGCCUUCAGAAAUGUCCCAGGAGUUGAAGUCGUCAAUGUCACCAGAUUAAAUCUCCUCUAACUUGCUCCAGGAGGUCAAUUGGGAAGAUUCGUCAUUUGGACAUAAAGUGCCUUCGCUCACCUCGAUAAAUUGUUCGGAACAUACAGAUAUGCUUCAGUUCUCAAGGACGGAUAUCAAUUGUUGAGACCACUCCUCACCAACCCAGAUUUGGCUAGAAUCAUCAACUCCAACUAAGUGUAAGAGAAGGUUCAACCAGCCAAGACAACCAAAGUCCUCCAUGAUGUCUAAAAGAAGAACCCAUUGAAGAACACCAAGGCUAUGGACAGAUUGAACCCAUAUGCUAAAAAACAAAGAGCUGCUGCCGUUGCUGCCAUCAAAGCCAACACCAAAGGAACCAAGAAGAUCAAGAAGAAUAAGGCACUUAAGAAGGCCUCAAAAGCUGCUUUCAACAAAGUUGCUGCUUCCUUAAGCGAUGCUACUAAGGCUGCCGUCUAAGAGGAACAAGACAUCAAAGUUAAAUAUUUCUCAGUUCAAAAGGGAGCUGCCUAAGCAGAAUGAUGAGCUUAAUAAUAUUAAUUGUAUAAUAAAAACAUACAAUAUUCCCCAAUUAUUAUAUUUA